UGCAUUGGCCUGCGGACUCUCAACCACUGCGCCACCAGGGAAGCCCAGAGUAUUUUUGGAGUUAAUGGAGUCAGAAGGACCCCCAGAGUCAGAGAGUUCAGAAAAAUCAAUAUUUUUCUCACAGCAAGAAGAAGAGGAAGAAGAUGAUAAUGAAGAAGAAGAAGAAUCCAAAGAAGCAGAGGAAACUGCCACCAUUAAUCCCCUCUUACCCCCUGCUCUCACAGGGGAUGUAGAAGGUUUGCAGAAGAUUUUUGAGGAUCCUGAGAACCCUCACCAUGAACAGGCCAUGCAGCUACUCUUGGAAGAAGACAUUGCUGGGAGAAAUUUGUUGUAUGCAGCUUGCAUGGCUGGGCAAAGUGAUGUGAUUAGAGCUUUAGCCAAAUAUGGUGUGAAUCUGAAUGAAAAAACCACCAGAGGUUACACACUCCUACACUGUGCUGCAGCCUGGGGUCGUUUGGAAACUUUGAAAGCACUGGUGGAAUUGGAUGUUGAUAUAGAAUCUCUGAACUUCCAGGAAGAGCGAGCUCGAGAUGUUGCUGCUCGGUAUUCCCAGACUGAGUGUGUUGAGUUCCUGGACUGGGCAGAUGCAAGGCUGGCGCUGAAAAAAUAUAUUGCAAAGGUCUCUGCAAUUGUUACAGAUACAGCAAAGGGACCAGGGAAGCUUUUUAAGGAAGACAAGAAUACCAUCCUCAAUGCAUGCCGUAUAAAAAAUGAAUGGCUGGAAACCCAUUUAGAAGCUUCCAUUAAUGAGCUUUUUGAGCAGAAACAGCAAUUGGAAGAUAUUGUGACUCCUAUCUUCACAAAAAUGGCUACACCACGUCAAGUGAAAAGUGCCAAAUCUGUAUUCUAAGCCAUGGUCAGAAAAGAAGUCUUAUAAAAGGCCGCAUCUUCUUCUAUAUCUAUAAAGGCAAACCUAUUCAUGCCGACUGAAGUUAAAUAGAUGUGGGGUUUUAUAAAAAUGUUUAAGUAUGAAAUUAAAUCACCCUCGUUUCAUUUUACCCCAUUCUGCAUGCUUAUGUCCAGACUCUCUGGCCUUGCCUCUGCCUCUGCAAGUGAGUUUCAUGUGAGUUCCACGUGCUCCUUCCAGAGAGCACUUGGGUGUGAGUCACUCACAAAGACCAUAUGGAAGCUUUAAAAGCUACUUAGAGAAUCUAACAAUUUUCUGUGUAACUGAGGCAGGAAAUUUCUGUUCAAGUGAGGAAUUCUAUUAAAAAAAAAAAGACAUGUUGGCCAUUUCCAGAAGAAAAAUUUGUUCUCCCUCUCUCAAAAGGAAAGCUAUGGGAUGACAUUCUGGAGCAAGGAAAUAUUAAGGAUGGUUUGGAUCAGGGUCCUCUGCUUAUACAACUAUGACUUUUUAUGUCCAAAUUAAAAUUCACCUUUAAGGUGGGAUAUAGUCUCUUAGUAAAUCUUUCUGUUUCUUUAUCUUUAACACCCUUGUCUUUAAAUUAAUAAAUACAAAUCUGUUUAGUUUUAUAUUUAGAUUUCCCCUACUCAGUAGGUUUAGCAAUAUAGUUAUUAUAUCUGUACUACAUGCCAUUUUCCUUUUGUUUUUUAUUACCUACAGUUUAGAUAUCAUUGUUGGUUUCAUAUUAGUGAUUUGGAAUGUCCUUUUUUCUACUUUGUCUAAGAGUCCCUGAACCUUCUACUACUCUGUGACUUUCUGGAAAAGUUUUAUAGAAAGAAAAUUAUUCUCUUCUUUGUCCCAUCCUGAAAGCUAGUUUUUCGUUGUUGAGGGGAAGGAAAAGAAAUGAGCAAUUCAGUAAUUCCUUGUCAGUUGGCAUUUUCUCAACCAUGAUUUUGAGGUAACACUGUCUCACAAAUUUAAAAGUCUUGAGAUUUUUUUUUUUUUUUUUUUUUUUUUGCGGUACGCGGGCCUCUCACUGUUGUGGCCUCUCCCGUUGUGGAGCACAGGCUCCGGACGCGCAGGCUCAGCGGCCAUGGCUCACGGGCCUAGCUGCUCCGCGGCAUGUGGAAUCUUCCCGGACCGGGGCAUGAACCCGUGUCCCCUGCAUCGGCAGGCGGACUCUCAACCCCUGCGCCACCAGGGAAGCCCAAGAUCUUUUUUUAUGUAUGAGCAAUUCAGUUUCAGUUGCCUUAAGCAGAAGAAAAGGGCAAUGACUCUCACUCCCCUCUCUGGUAGAUCCAGUGGUGUUUAUGGAGUAGUGCAAAGAAGACCUUUGUUUGCUCCAUUCUCUUAAUAUUGUAGAUUGUGAGAAGUUUAUUAUCUUUAAGCACCGCAAUAAUUUGGGAAAAGGCCAGGUGCCGUUUUUGUCAUUUCUACUUUAAUUCUACAUUUUCUGAGCCUUUAUCUUGAAUAUGACAAUAUUCAAUUAUAUUGUCAAUUAUACCUCAAUAAAGCUGAAAAAAAAGUCAAUCCUGACCCUUGGCAAGGCAAUCUGUAAUUCUCCAUUCCAUGACCUGUAUCCCCAAUGUUAGGAAGAAUUAAUCCCUCCUUCUUUGGGGCACCCAUAGCAUUAAUAGCUUCAUACUGUAUUCUAUUUAAUUGUUCACAUGUGAACUAUGAGCUUUUUGAGGGUAGGGGCUUUGUCUUGUUUCUCUUCAUUCCUAAAGAACCUGUAACAUAGUAAGUUGGUAAAUAAUAGUUGAAUGAAUUCUCUUUCGGUGCCACGUUUUUCAUAGAACUCAGUAGUCUUCAUUCAUCUAUACAGCUUGUUCACCUUUAUAGAAAUGAAUCCUGAAUCCUUUUCUCCAUAUUUUGCUAGUGUCAGUGCCCCAUUUCCACUCCUGCUCCUCCAGAAGACAAGCCACACACACAUCUAGCAUUAUGACUGUAUAUCUAGCUUCUUCUCUAAUUGUCUAUUUUUAAACUUUCUUCUUGAAUGCCACAUUACUUUUUAGGCAUAUGAACCUGGUGAUUACCAAGGAAUUCCUGGAUCUCAUUUCAAAGAUUUCAUUGA